AAAAGACACUAAAAUUCUCUUUUUACUUUCUAGAUCGCAAAGAUAUGCUUCACAGUACUGUAUGUGCUACAAACCAGCCCAACCAAGAGGAUUGUUAACCAAUUGGAGAGAAGACCAACACUUACAGCUAAUGGUUGCAAAGGUAUGCUUCACAGUACAGUAUGCUCUACAAACCACCCCAAUCAAGACGAUUGUUAAUCGAUUGGAGAGAAGACCAACACUUACAGCUGAUGAAAUGAAUGCGUUAUUUCAAGAAAAUGUGAACGUGAACCACACAAGACGAUGCUAUGGAAGCCAAAGAUGGGAGAGAAGCGUUCAGACCAAUCAGAAGCUCAAACGAAAACAAACGUCAUUAGUUAAUUUCUAAGCCUGCUUAGUUUUUGUUUUAAAGAUUUUUAUGUUUUUGUUUAAAAAGGCAUAUUUUUAUAUGUUUCAAUAGGAUUUGAAAACAAUCUUUCUGGAUUUUAGAAAAUAUUACAUUACCUAUGCCACAUUGUGGCCUUUUUCAAGGAAAUUGUAAUGAAAGAAACCAAUAAACUUUUGUGCAAAACGUUGGAUUUUGCUUAAUAAAUAGUGAUGUUUCUAUCACCACAGUUUAGAUUUCCAUUUAUUGUGCGAAAUAUUAGGGAGAAUAGUGAAAUUUGCCUAGGUAUGCAAAUAAGAAUUCUGUGAUUUGGUUUACGAGGGUGGAUUGAUAAG